AUGAUAUACUUUAAGUGGUAUUAUAGGUAUUACUAUGUAAUUUUAAUGUGUAUUAUAUGUGUUUUGUGUUUAAAUGUGUAUUUAGUUUUAUACUUUUCAAAAGAUAAUAAAAAUGUUGAGAUUCCAGUUAUCAAUUAUAAUGCUACAUAUUUUGCUACACAAAAUAUCUUGUCUUCAUUGAGUACACUUGAUGACGAUUUUGAUAAACCGUUUCUAAUUAAUCAAUCAAAGAUUUUAAAAGAAUUAAAUGUAAUAAUUAGUAGUAUCCAGAUGAAAAUGGAUGGACAAAUAGAUUUAUUUGCCCAAACUAUUAAAAUUAUGAGCAAAAAUGGUCUCAUGCCCAUCAGUAGCUCACCAUAUUUGGGCUCAACUAUCAAGUUGUUAAAAACAUCAAAAAUUACUAAAAUCAUCAAUGCUAUCAAAGGAACUCAAUUGAAAUUUAUGAUAACAUUAGAAAAUAAACAACAAGUUUUAUUUAAACCAAAGUGGUAUCUUAAUUCUGAUGUUAUUGAAGGGCCAGUGUAUGCUGGUAAAGACCGUUACAAUGGUGAAAUAAUAGCAUUUUACAUUUCACUUAUAAUCGGUCUUCCUCGUGUUCCAAUUGUUGUCAAGAGAAUUUUAGAUUCAACAGAAAUAAAGGAAUCUGCUAGUGUAGGAUUAAAAAAAACAAUGUAUUUAAACUCUACUACUAAAGAAACUUGUUUUUUUGGAAAGUGUUUUUACUGUAAAAAGGAAGAUCCUGUAUGUACUAAAAGUGGACGACUUGAAGGAGCUGCUAUAUUUUAUCUUCCAUCGCACUUGAAUUUACAAGCAUAUUUGCAUCCUUGGAGAAGGACAUAUAAUACAAAUAAAUUUGCUAGAUGGGAAAAUGAGAAUAAUUACUGUAAAGAUGUAUUAGCAAAAUAUGGAUUGGAAAGAGUAUUAGAUUUUGUAGAAGUAUCAAUUUUUGAUUUUAUUAUUGGCAAUGGAGAUAGACAUCGUUAUGAGCUUAUAGAAAAAUUAAACAAUACUCUUCUAUUAAUUGAUAAUGGAAAAAGUUUUGGAAAUCCCUAUGAAGAUCAUCUAGACAUACUAGCUCCACUUUAUCAAUGUUGUAUAAUUCGUCUUAAAAUGUGGAAUCGACUAAAAUCCAUUAAAGGAGGCAAUUUUACGAUUUUUCUACAAAAAAUGUUGGAUAUACAUGAAUCAGUUUCUUUAUUAACAUUACCACAUUAUCGAGCAUUAGAGAGAAGACUUCGUACUGUGUAUGCUACUGUUUCUAUGUGUAAAAAAUCUGCCAAUGAUACUAUAUUCAAAUAAAAUGUAUAAUUUUUAGUAUUAAGUAUACACAGAGUGAUUGGUUUAACAUAAACCACUCGAUUACUCUCAAUAUAAAUACAAUAAUGGAAAAAAAUUUUGGUUUUUUU